UGAACUAUGGCCAUGAUGAUGGAGUGCAGUGUCAUGGGUUCAUCACUCUUUCAAUCCCCAUCAUCAGACACAAAGUUUUCAUGGAAAAAGGAGUUCAGUUCUCAUGGAAAUCUCAGCACGGAAACCAGCCUAGCAAGAGGCUCUGCAAUCAAGCCAUCUUGCUUGGUAACAAAAAGAUCACCAAAAAGCAGUCUCUCUCAUAUUCGCAAUGCUCUUCUUCGAGGAGCUACAAAGAUAAAUGGAGACAAUGGUGUUUUCUCAAAUACUUCAGUCUCUGAAAAAACUGAAUCGCUUGAUUCUUAUGAAGAUGAUUAUGAUGGAGAAAUUAUUGAUCCUGAUCGUUUGCCAUCAAAUGCCGCUACUUUCGCUUCUUCGCUUAGAGCUUCACUUUCUGAUUGGAAAUUGAAGGGGAAGAAGGGAAUCUGGCUGAAGAUAUAUCAAGAUAAAUGUGACCUUGUUCCAGUUGCAAUAAAGGAGGGAUUCACAUAUCAUCACGCCGAACCAGGAUAUGUGAUGCUAACAUAUUGGAUACCUAAAGAGCCUUGCUUGCUUCCCUCCAGUGCUUCUCAUUUGGUUGGAGUUGGGAGUUUUGUAAUCAAUGAUAAAAAGGAGGUGCUGGUAGUGCAAGAAAAGAAGUGUGCCUUAAGGUGUUCAGGAGUUUGGAAAUACCCAACUGGAUUUGUUGACAAGUCCGAGGAGAUAUUUGCAGGAGCCAUAAGAGAAGUCAAAGAAGAAACUGGUAUUGAUGCUGAAUUUGUAGAAGUGAUUGCUUUCAGGCAUGCCCAUUUCAUGGAUUUCGAGAAAUCAGACUUAUUCUUCAUUUGCAUGCUGAAACCCCUGUCAACAGUGAUUACCACCGAUGAAUCAGAAAUUCAAGCUGCCAAGUGGAUGCCUCUUGAAGAGUUCAAAGGACAGCCAUUCUACCAAGAAGACUGCUUAUCCAAGAAGGUGCUCGAUUUAUGCAUUGCGAGCUUCAAGAACAGUUACCGAGGACUAACUGCUCGUCAGUUACGCUCGAAAUUGGAUGGGAAACUGUCAUACCUCUAUUAUUGUAGUUGCUGAGAAUUUGAGCACUGAACAGUUCACAUACAUCUGAUGUGAAUUGUCAUUCAAGAUAUGAAGUGGCCCAUUUGCUCAUGCACAUUCUGAACCUCUCGUUCAUCAGACUGUAACAUAGUAGGAUUGAGGGGCCUUAGUAGGAAGGAUGGCUUGUUGAGAAAAUGAUGACAUCUUAUAUUAUGCCAUAUAUUACUGAUUAAUUGUGUUGCCGCUUAAAUUUGAAUUUGUUUUCAUGCUGAUC